GGUGUGGAUAAUGGAAGCCUCACCUGGGGUGUGGGUGGCAACAGUCCAGAGGCUUGUAGCCUGGAUGGGAUGUAAAAGCUUUGCUGCUUGCUGCCUUCUGUCUGCCCUGCCAUGAACUGUUUUUCCUCUAGAAUGCCCUUUUGCCAUGGUGUCCUGCCUUGUAGCUAUCUGACUAUGGACUGAAACCUCUACAAACUGUGAGCUGAAACUUCCUCCUUUAACUUGUGGAUUUCGGGUAUUUUGUCUCAACAAUGAGAAAUUAACUAUGACAAGUACCUUGCUGAGGACUACACAAGCCCACUUUCCCGUGAUGUACUGCAACACUUUAGGCACACUGCAAUUGAGCCCCAUUCUGCGGGGACUGAUAGGACUCAAGACAAAGUGGGAGAAGAAGAAAGAUAAAGAAUCAUAUCCUUAAUAAAAUGAGGAAAUCAUAAUAGGAACCAGGACUGAGGGAUUGACCACUCACAUAAAAUAUUAAUUGUCCUGGGGUUUUGUGUCAAAGACUGACUUUGAGUCAAUGGAACUGGCUCAUCAGAGUGGAGGAAUCCGAGUGUUUCAGCAUGCUGUGUAGGCGGCCCCCCAGAGGCUCCCAUGUGGCAGCUAUGACAGUGACACUGAUGGUGCUGAGCCCUCCUGUGGCUUUGGUCAGGGACACACAACUGCGUUUCCUGGGGCAGAUGAAGGCUGAAUGUCAUUUCCUCAAUGGAAUUGAGCGGGUGCAGCAUGUGACCAGAUACAUCUAUAACCAGGAGGAGCUUGUGCGCUUUGAUAGCAAUGUGGGCGAGUUCCAGGCGGUGACGGAGUUGGGGCGGCCCAUAGCGGAGGACCUCAAUAGCCAGAAGGACGUCCUGGACAGUUAUCGGGCAGCAGUGGACAGGUGCAAAAACAACUAUGAAUUCGUUAGACUCCUGUUAAAUCGGCGAGUUGAGCCCAAGGUGACUGUGUACCCUACAAUGACCCAGCCCCUGCAGCACCACAACCUCCUGGUCUGCUCUGUGAGUGGCUUCUACCCAGGCCACAUUGAAGUCAGAUGGUUCCGGAACGGGCAGGAGGAGGAGGCUGGGGUGGUGUCCACAGGCCUGAUCCGGAACGGAGACUGGACCUUCCAGACCCUGGUCAUGCUGGAAAUAGUUCCUCAGAGAGGAGAGGUUUAUGCCUGCCAAGUGGAGCACCCGAGCUGGAGCAGCCCUGUCACAGUGGAAUGGAAAACACAGUCUGGAUCUGCACAGAAUAAAAUGCUGAGUGGAGUUAUAACCUUUGGGCUGGGUCUGCUCUUCCUUGGGGUGGGGCUGCUCAUCAACCUCAGGAUUAGAAAGGACUUCUGAGCUGAAGUGAAGGUGACAACACUGAAAGAUGGACCUGUGUCCCUACCUCUGUCUACACUGCUCCAGGCUUCCUGCUUGGCUUUUGUUCCUCCACAGAGCAAGGCAGCUCCAGAACCUGCUUCCCCUGGAUCAGGGACCGAACAGAACGUGUCCUCCUGGUGCUUCUUCAACCACCCCUGACUUGAAAGCCCUCACACAAACACCAGAGCUUCCCUUCCUUUCCUUCUCUCCUGGCCCCUUUUGUGUUCAGCCCUUCCUGACUCCUGCAUCUCUGAGCUCACUUUGUGCACAUUAUGUUAUUAUAUUUUUCUCAAACAAGCAUGGAGUGAAAGAUCAUCUGCUUCAUACAGUUCUCAGAACGAGAAACAGAAAAGGGAAGAUGACAUCACAGUACAGAAAUGAUUCUCAUUUAUGUAUAAUUAUGUGAGAAGCUACAUAUGUUAAAGAGGUUGUUAGCCAUCCUCCUGUGUAUUUGUCUCUCAAACAUCAUGCUGUACACCAUAAAUAAUUUUAUUUACCACUUACUUUUCACUUGUCAAUUAGAAAUGGGAGAAAAAGCUUAAAAAGUCAAUGCCGCAAACCUCAACAUGAACUAUUGAGGAAAACAAAGUACGAAAAGAACUUGAUGGAAAGCAAGCUUGAAAAGCAAAUCAAUACUUUUUAAAAAAAAUCUUGCCUAUAAUUUUGUAGCUAUACUUGUGAAUCUAAGUUCGUAGACCUCAUUAUCGUGCUGUUAUACGCAGGUGGAUGUUUGCCAGAGAAAGUCGUGGGAGUUGAAUGAGAAAGCAGGUUGUGCUGUUGUGUUCCAUUUGAAGCGUCCAUUGGUUCAAAUGUAAAUCAAAGCAAAAAAUAAAUUAUCAAUUCAGAAGUUUAUUUUAGAGGAAUAAUUAUUUGAACACAAUUUCUCCACCAUCACAUAUAGCCCUUAUGUGCCCCAUCUUGGUUCCAGUUGCUGCAUAAGUUGAGCAAAAAUACCCAAGAGAAAUGGAAACAUAUGCCUUCCCCAAAAUAUGUGUGCAAAUGUGAAGAGCAGCAUUAGUUAUAAGAGCCAAUCUCGUGGCGAGAUUUAUCACUAUUUUAUGUUUUAAUACUCUUAUAACCCGUGUGUUUUGUUUUCAUUUGUUACCAUGAAAUGGGGGUAUAGGUGCUUUCAAUAAACAUUUAUAAUUAAUAAAAAAGAGCCAAAACAGGAAACAAUCCAAAUAGCAACCAUGUAAUAAAUUGAUAAACAAAACAUGUUAUACUUAUACAACAUGAUGUCAUUCGACAAUAAAAAGUUGCAUAUAAUUUGUGAUAUUUGUUCCUGAGAGAUCACAAUUAUUGAAGAAGGUUGAACUUGGGGUUUUCUUGUAGGAAGGUUUUAUAGAAUAAAUUUGUUAUCUGUGU